AUGCCAGAGGGCAGGUCCCCCAUCAGCCCUAGCAGCUCCGCCCAGGCCCCCUGGAGCGACCAGCUCUCGCCGCGCAGACCGCCACAGCGGUCCAACACAGGACAGUCCGACGCCGGCUCUUCCUACCACUCGCACUUCGUCUCCGCCGACGACACCGACGACGCCGCUGGCCAGCUCGGCGUCGGCAUCGCCAGGAUGAACACGGCCGACUCCGCCGAGGGCUCCUCCUCCUCGCGACUAGACCACGGCGCCAGACGCUCGCCCGUCGGGCCCAUGCCACCGGGCGCCUUCAGGUCCAGCUCGCGUGCCUCGUCGCACGAGGGCGGCGGUGGCGGUGGCGGUGGCGGUGGCGCAGGGUCGCGCUCGCACUCGCCGGCACCCGGCUCCGACGUCGCAGCCCUUCGGCAGCAAGACAGGGCGGAGCUGUCGCCCAGCCCUUCGCUCAACGUACCCGGCGAGGGCAACGAAGCGAGGGGAAGGCGGCGAGCGGACACCGACAGGAUCAAGAGCCGCGCCGUCGACCCGGGCUGGAGCUGGGAACAGGAGAAGGAGAAGCACGAGGGUGCUGCCGCCGCCGGCUUGACCUCAUCCCCACAGCAGGCCAGCGGCGCAGCUCGAGAGGGGGUCGCACCGGUGCCUGGCCCCGGCCCACACCUUCCGCGCCGCGCCUCCUCGCGACCCAUGCCGCGGAUCGACACCAGCGGGCAGGCCAACGGCAGCAGCCACGCGGCCGCCAGAAAGGGUUCCCACAGUGCGCUGCCUUCGCCCGACGGCGGGCCGAUGCCCGGAUCCAGCAUCGCCUUGGUGCAGAGCGGAAUGUCGGAUGGCAGCGCGGGCCAGGUGCCGUCCUCGGGCAACGCCGGCGGCGGAGGAGCGUCCGGCAGCCAGUCGCAGCUCAGCAGCAAGGAGCGCGGCCACUCGAGCCGCAAGGAGCAGAGCUGCCGCGCGUGCGGCAAGGUCAUGACGGGCCAGUUUGUGCGCGCCCUCGGCAGCGUCUACCACCUGGACUGCUUCCGAUGCAAUGACUGCAACAAGGUGGUGGCGGCCAAGUUCUUCCCGGCGACGGACGACAUGGUCGACUCGGCCGGCACGGGCAAGCUGUUCCCGCUGUGCGAGACCGACUACUUCCGGCGGCUCGACCUGAUCUGCGCAAAGUGCGGCGGCGCGCUGCGCGGCAGCUACAUCACCGCGCUGGGCAAAAAGUUCCACGUCGAGCACUUCACCUGCUCCGUCUGCCCGACCGUCUUUGGCCCGCAGGACAGCUACUACGAGCACGACAGCCAGGUCUUCUGCCAUUUCCACUACAGCACCCGCUUCGCCAUCAAGUGCACCGGCUGCAAGACGGCCAUCCUCAAGCAGUUUGUCGAGAUCAAUCGCAACAACAACGACGAGCACUGGCACCCCGAGUGCUACAUGAUCCACAAGUUCUGGAACAUCAAGCUGUGUCCGACCGGCUCGACGCCGCGCGAGGGCGUCGCCAGCGAGCCGACGACGGUGCCGUCGGCGCCGGAGCCGUCCAACUCGGGCGUGGCGCCGACGCUCUCGGUGGCGGCCGACGCGAUGCCCACCGUCGACGCCCUCGAGAUCGAGGCCAAGGAGACGCCGUCGAGCCUCAAGCAGAAGCAGAAGCGGAUGGAGGAGCGCGUCUACCGCAUCUGGACGGUGCUCUCGGCGUUCGAGGAGAGCUCGGCCGCCUGCAUCUCCGAGAUGCUGCGCCACGUCAGCAGCGGCCGCUACCUCGGCGGCGUGCGGAUGGCCGAGCGCUUCAUCCUCCACGUCGAGGUCCUCUUCUCGGCCAUCGACGACCUCGAGGCGCACUUCCGGCGCGAGGAGGCCAAGGGCAUCUCGCACAUCCGCGAGGCGCGCAUGCUGUGCAAGAAGAUCGUCAACUUCUUCUCGCUCCUCUCGCACACGCAGGAGACGGGCGCGCGGCGGAUGGGCAUCACUCAGGAGCUGCUCUCGCUCGUCACGGGCCUCGCCCACUACCUCAAGAUCCUCAUCCGCAUCGCCCUCACCGGCGCGCUCAAGCUCGACCGCGAGUACGGCAACGACGGCGCGCUCGGCUGGUUCCUCAGCCAGCUCGCCUUUUCGGCCAAGCUCGGGGGCUCGCAGAACGACGACCAGCAGUUUGCCUCGCUCGACACCAACGCCGUCGGACCGGACGGCAAGUGGUACGGCUACCGCAGCCUGCCGCGGAGCACCAGCUCCGGAUCCUCAGAGACCGGCGAGACGGCCACCGACCUCUGCGUCGCCUGCGGGCAGACGGUCGAGGAAGAGUGCCUCCGGAUGGGCGUCAACCUACGGUGGCACUCGAAUUGCCUCAAGUGCAAGGGCUGCAAGCGGCCGGCCAUCCGCGAAGGCCUGUCGUCCAAGAAGCCCGCCGAGCCCAAGGCCGACGCGCCCGAGCCGCUGCCGGCGUCGCAGUUUGGCCUCGACGUCGUCCGGCGUGCCCCACAAGAGUCGAGUGGUGGCGUCGGCCCCGGUGCCGGUGCAGGGCGGCCCCCGGCCCUGACCUACGCGUGCUUCUGCCCUAGCUGCGUCCACGCAGCUGUGGGCCAGCUGCGGUCAGGCUUCGAGUCGGUCACGCGCCUCGAGCAGUACGCAUUCCUCCUCCGCGUCGCCCUCAACCGCCUGUUUGCGCUGCUGCGAAAGCGCGGCGUGGUGCCCCCCUCGCCGCCAACGGCCCCUGUCACGCUGCGCGACGCAUCGCACAAGGACGCGGCGGCAUCGGUCGGCGGCCAGGAUGCCGGUCGCGGCAGCGGGGCCAGCGGUGCCGACGGCGACGGCGACGGCGACAACGGCGUGUCGAUGCACGAGGCCUACCGCGACUCGCAGGACAUCAAGCGGAUGAAGUCGGUCAACCUCGACCGCAAGCUCUCGACCAAGGCCAAGGUGCCGCGCAUCUCGACGAUCGUCGGCAGCCCCUCGGGCCGGCAGACUCAGACUUCGGACAUGCAGCGGCCCUCGCCCACCGAGCUCGCCAGCCAGCAGCUCGAGUCGCGUCGCUCGCCAAGGUCCGCCAGCCCAGGAUCCUCGCGUGGCGACCGCAGCUCGCCCCGACCCCAGGCGUCUUCGCGGGAGCCGUCGCCGAGCGGGCGGGAUCCGAGGCUGUACCAGCCGUCGAUGCAGAGCCAGCAGGCGAUCGCCGCGUCGCAGCAGCAGCACGUCCAGCAGCAGCAGCAGCAGCAGCACUUCCGCGGCCGAGGCACCCAGCCGACGCCGGCCCAGCAGCAGCAGCAGGCGGUGCCAUCGAUCCAGCAGCCCCCCUCGACGCCGACGGCCUCGUCGAUGCAGCGCGGCGCGUCGCCCGCCGCACCCGAGCCGGGCUCCAUCGUGCCCAUCCGGCCGCCGUUUGCGCGCCACAACACCGACGUGCGCAUCCGCGAGGACGGUCCGAUGCGGCAGCCCUCGGGCGACGAGAUGGCCAAGUCGGCCCCUAGCGAGGACGGCAUCACGCUGGCCGACAUCCCGCACAUCCUCGAGGCGGAGCAGGCGCGCGAGCAGCACCGGCCCAUACCCAACGAGGGCGCCCGCACCAUCUCGGAGCUCUCGGCGCUCGAGCUGUUUAUCGUCAAGCACAUGGCCGUCAUGAUGCUGCAGCAGUCGGCGCUCAAGGACAUGGUCAACCUCGACGACCUGAUCGAGUUCAUCGAGACGCGCAAGAACACGUUCUGGGGCAAGUUCUUCAAGGGCGGCAAAGACAAGAAGGAGAUCAAGAAGAAGGGCGUGUUUGGUAUUCCGCUCGAGAUCCUCGUGGAGCGCAACGGCGCCGACUCGACGCUCGGCGCCAGCGCCGCACACCUCCGCGUGCCGUCGUUUAUCGACGACAUCAUCUCGGCCAUGAAGCAGAUGGACCUGUCGGUCGAGGGCAUCUUCCGAAAGAACGGCAACAUCCGCCGGCUCAAGGAGCUCUCCGAGGCCCUCGACCGCGACAGCUCGCAGGUCAACCUGCUCGACGACAAUCCGGUGCAGCUGGCGGCGCUGCUCAAGAAGUUCCUACGCGAGCUGCCGGAUCCGCUGAUGACGUUCAAGCUGCACCGGCUGUUUGUCAUGUCGCAGAAGCUCGAGUCGGAGGACGAACGGCGCCGGAUCCUGCACAUGGUGACGGUGCUGCUGCCCAAGAGCCACCGCGACACGAUGGAGGUGCUCUUCGCCUUUCUCAAGUGGGUUGCCUCAUUUUCGCACAUUGACGAGGAGACUGGCAGCAAGAUGGACCUGCCCAACCUGGCCACCGUCAUCUGCCCCAACAUCCUGUACUCGAAGGGCACCGACCCGGCCAAGGACGAGACGUUCCUGGCCAACCGCGCCGUCAGCUACCUGCUCGAGAACCAGGACGACUUCUGGACGGUGCCCGAGGAGCUCGAGGCGGUCCUCUACGACCGGGAGCUGCUCAGCGCGUCGGCCGAGCUGACGUCGCGCGACAUCCUCAAAAAGUGUGAAAAGUACGCCAAGCGGCAGCGGGUGCCCGGCGUCAACGGGCCGCGCGGCACGGGCAACGGGCCCUUCCACGCUGGCGAGAUGACGAACCGACAUCGGCCAGACAUGCACCCGCCGACGACGAUGCGGCAGAUCCAGAUGGAGAGCCACAGCUACCGCGGCAGCAGCAACAACCACAGCGGCAGCAGCGGCAGCAACGGCAUCGGCACCGGCCACGCGCCCCACGCCCAGCAGCUCGGUGCUGGCAACGCCUACUCGCGCAGCCCGGACAGCGGUGGGCCGUGGUCGGCGGGCAGCGGCGGGGCGGCCAACUUUUCCAGUCCGACGGACAGGCUGCCGCCGUCGAGCCAUGCGACGCCGCAGAAGCCGUCGACGUUUGGGCCGGGCGGCCACGGCGGGCAGCCGCCGCGGACGCCGACGCAGCUCAACGGUCCGGGCCUGCCGUCGGUCUCUGGGCAUCCGCAGCAGCAGCAACCGCAGCAGCCGCAGCAGCCGGGGCAGGCGCACCACAACAACCAUCAUCACCACCAUGCGGCGGCGAGCUACGGCUCGGGCCAGCAGCCGUCGACGCCGCAGGGCUUCUACCCUCGCAGCGGCACGCCCUCGGACGGCGGCGAGCGGAAUCGCAACAUGCCGGUCGAGCAGCGGUCGAGCUGA